CUGUAGAAAUCAAAACCCUUUCCGUUUCCCAUUCCAAUUCCCUCUGUACAAUCAUUGUUUUAUAAAAACCAUUAGAACAUUCAAUUAUUAUCUCCACAAAAUCUCUUUCAACCACUCCUUUUCUAAAAUCCCUUUUUCUCCUUUCCCCUCUCAAUAAAUCUCUCUAUUUUUCUCAUAAUCCUUUUCUCAUGGCAACCCAGAUUGACAAUGUAAGAUAUGAAGAGGAAGUUAUAGUGAAUGCACAUGGAUUGAAAUUGUUCACGUGUAAUUGGAUUCCAAAGAAUGAAGAAUCAAAAGCUUUGAUUUUUAUUUGCCAUGGCUACGCUAUGGAAUGCAGCAUCACCAUGAACAGUACUGCAAGGAGGCUAGCAAAGGAAGGAUAUGGAGUAUAUGGGAUUGAUUAUGAAGGACAUGGAAAGUCUGGUGGUUUACAAGGCUAUGUUUCAAGCUUUGAUAAUGUGGUGGAAGAUUGUUCUUCUUUUUUCACUUCAAUAUCAGAAAAGAAGGAAAAUAGAGAGAAGAAAAGGUAUUUGAUGGGAGAGUCAAUGGGAGGAGCAGUGGCUUUGCUCAUACACAGAAAACAGCCAGAUUUUUGGGAUGGUGCCAUCUUGGUUGCUCCCAUGUGUAAGAUUGCUGAUGACAUGAGGCCACAUCCAUUGGUGAUAAGUGUUCUUACAAAACUUUGCAAAAUAAUUCCAACUUGGAAAAUUAUUCCAACUCAAGAUGUUAUUGACAUUGCCUUUAAAGUUCCUGAGAUUAGGAAACAGAUUAGAGAAAAUCCAUAUUGUUACAAGGGCCGGCCUCGGUUGAAAACAGGCUAUGAACUCUUGAGGAUUAGUUCAGAUCUUGAACAUAAGCUCAAUGAGGUUUCUCUACCUUUUCUCCUUCUCCACGGCGAAGACGACCGAGUUACGGACAAAUUGGUUAGUAAACAGCUCUACGAUGAAGCGUUGAGCGAUGACAAGACGUUGAAGAUGUAUCCGGGAAUGUGGCACGGUUUAUUAUACGGCGAGACGCCGGAGAAUAUGGACAUUGUGUUCUCAGAUAUCAUAAGCUGGUUGGAGAAAAGGAGUAUUGUUGCCUAUGAAAAUUCAAAGUCAGAACUUGAGAAGAAGUAUGAAAAUGAUGGUUUAUUGGAAGCCAAACAACAGCAAGAAAGUUGAUUACUAACUUACCUUUUUAAAAGUUAUUGUUGUCCUUUGGUUGUGAAUGAAACUUGUGAUAUUAUUUAACCAUGUUGUAAAUAUUAUUUAUGAGUAGUUGUAGUUUUUUUUUUUUUCUCUUAAAAGUAAAUUGGAAUAUUCUUUUUAAGUCGUUGUACUACCGAUCUUUACACAUUUCAAUUUGAUGAUCAAUCAUGCUGUUUCACGAUU